AUGAAAACAGAAGCACGUGAAAGUCGUCCGAGAAUCGUUUUAUUAAAGAUCGAUGGAGCACGUGCUAUGAAAGAAGCAUCAUUUUAUGUAGAAUUAACUCGUCAUCCACACAUUGUACGUACAUUUGGUAUCGUUGACAGCGGCAGUAAUGAAGAUGGCAACUCAGUAAUGUUGCUUCAAGAAUAUGCACCAGAGGGAAAUUUAUAUGAAGUUUUACAACAUGAUUUAAUACUAGAUGAAAACAUUCUUCGAGAAAUAUUUACCCAAAUAGCCGAUGCUAUGGUCUUUUUAGCACAUAAUCACAUUGUUCAUGGAGAUUUAGCUUGCCGUAACAUCUUAGUUUUUCGACUCGAUGAACAUGAACCACGUAAAAAUCUUGUUAGGGUAACUGAUUUCGGAAUUAGUCGACACAGUAAAUUAUAUGCUCCCACGAAUACCGUAACCAGGACAAUGAUUAAUAUCAUUCCAAUACGUUACGUUGCGCCAGAAGUAUUAAUAAAUGACUUAUAUUCUGAAAAAUCUGAUGUAUAUUCAAUGGGUGUAUUAAUGUGGGAAGCUUAUUCAAAGGGAUCUGUACCAUGGUCAAAGAUUGAGUCUGAUGACGAAGUGCGACAACGAAUUACUCGUGGAGACAAACUUACAAAACCAACAAGUUGCUCUGCCAGAAUGUGGUCUGUCAUUGACAAAUGCUUUAUAAUGUCAGCAGAACAACGACCAACAUUUACCGAUUUAAAACACAGUCUUCUUCAAGCUCAAUAUGAUUUAGCGGUAUGUAAACCCACGGGCAGAAUAAAAGCUCAUCAUUUUCAUUUUUUGUGUAGACUUCGUGGGAUCUCCACAGAAACUUUAGAUCAAACUGAACUACAGAAUUAA